AACCGAUUGAUAACGGUCUGAGGGAGCACCAUCAGCACAAAUCCGGUGGAAAUUGAAUAAUAUAAUAUAUCAUUAUGUCUAAAUCAAACACAAUAUUUUCAUUAGUCUUUCGAUCAUUUCCAAUUUCGCCGUCGAGGAACACGUUCGUGGCUCGGACAAUUCGACGCCGUACAUUUACCUCCAGCUACAGCGCCACAGCCGACGACAUGACUGUUGACAUACACACCGAUGACAAGUCGGGAACGACUCCAACUCAAACUGCUUGGUCAUCGAAAAUGAUUGCUUGGCAAGCUCACUCAUACAACACUGUCGACGAUUUGGUACUGACCAGCAAUGCUCGGUCGCCAACCAUGGUGGAAGCCAAUGAAGUGUUGGUGCGCGUCAAAGCUUCGUCUGUCAAUCCACUCGAUGUGCUCAUGGCCGAGGGCUUUGGUCAGGUACUGUUGGGCACCAUUCGCCAAGCACAGCAAAUGUCCUUACACAAACCUGUUGAGUUUCCAUUAACUUUGGGACGUGAUUUUUGUGGAGAAAUCAUAGCCAAAGGGGUCAAAGUCAAGAGCUUUAAUGUUGGCGAUGUGGUCAUGGGUGUAGUGCCACCCUUCCAACAAGGUUGCCAUUCAGAAUUUGUUGCCGUUCCCGCAGGUCUGGUAGCUAAGAAACCAGAUCAUUUAACUAAUGAAGAAGCAGCAGGAUUACUGUACACAGGCAUGACUGCUUGGUCUGCGUUGAAAUUAUUUGGCGGCUUAUAUGUUAUGAAAGCUACCAACAAAAAUGUAUUAGUCAUUGGUGGAUCUGGGGGUGUUGGUAAUUGUGCCAUACAAUUAUUAAAGCAUUGGGGUGCUAAGGUGACUACUACAUGUGAUUCAACUGCCAUAAACUUAGUGAAAAGUCUUGGACCUGAUAAUAUUAUAGAUUAUACAGCUAAAAAUGCAAAACAACAGUUAGAAGAACAUGGAAAGUAUGAUAUAAUCCUAGAUGCAGCUGGAAUAUCAUAUAAUAAAAUUGGUUCUUAUACACCUUUAUUAAAAGAGUGGUCUUAUGCUGCAUUUAUUACACUUCGUAGUCCCAUUUUACACAAUACAGAUUCAUAUGGCUUUGUAGGGGGUAUGUUUAAAAAUGCAAUUGAUCUUCUAAUUCCAAACAUUUUAUCUGGAGCAGUAUUCAAAGGUUCUACAAUUCGAUGGGGUACUUUUAUUCCUGUCGAGUGUGGUGUAAAAGAACUCGCUAAGUUAGCUGAAGAAAAGAAAAUUUUAAUUCCUUUAGAAAAAACUUUUAAAUUUAUAGACCUUAAGGAUGCAUACAAAAGAGUACAGGAAGGACAUUUAAGAGGCAAAGUUAUUAUAACUUUUGAUAAACCUAGUAUGGAUAAAGCUAGAUUAACUAAUUAAGUGUUAUUUAUUGUAAUUAGAUUCUCUUUUGAUGUUCACCAUAAUGAAUAAUCAUCAAUCAUUAUACACAAUUUUGUUAUCUGUUGAUAGUUUUAAAAUUAUUUGUUUUCAUGAAUAUUAUUUUUCUAAGAAAUAUUCCUAAUAAUAAUAAAUUAAUAUUAAUGCUGUUAUAUUAAAUUGUUUGUUAAAAAGUUAAUAUUGUUACCAAA